ACAUAAAUAUAUUCAUUGUAUUGAAAAAGAAAAAAGAAAAAGAGAGAGAAAAACGUCGUAGCGGGUGGCGCACGAUAAGCGGUUGUACAGCAUAGUCGUAAAGAGUUGUGGAGGUGUCGUAUAAAGUUUGAUUAGCAGUGGUACUUGAAUACAGUGCCUUCUCCAGAAACUUCUUUGUUCAGCUCCUCCAAGAUCUGGUCCAUGAUCGGUGCUGUAGAAGAGUGAAUUAGUGAAACACUGAGGUUUCCAAAUCUGGGAGGGGAUCGUGGCAUGUGGGCACGCCAACGUGAAGCUUCCUCGAUGUACAAGCGCUUAACGUCGAGAGAUUAUACUGAUUCUCUUGAUGUGGAAUCAAGAGAUUAUAUGAGUACUAUGGAUGUGGAAGCUAAAUCUGCUCUUUUACAGGACGAUGUGGGUAUAGAAACUUCAAAUCCUUCAUGGAAGCUUUCUUUUCCGCAUGUUGUGGUGGCAACCAUAUCUUCAUUCUUAUUUGGCUAUCAUCUGGGAGUAGUAAAUGAACCACUUGAAAGCAUCUCUGUUGACCUUGGUUUCAGUGGUAAUACAUUGGCAGAAGGUCUGGUGGUGAGUACAUGUCUGGGUGGAGCCUUUAUUGGAUCUUUGUUCAGUGGUUGGAUUGCUGAUGGACUUGGGCGUCGUAGGGCAUUUCAGCUGUGUGCUCUGCCUAUGAUUAUUGGUGCUGCUAUGAGUGCAACAAGCAAAACCCUUGCUGGCAUGCUUUUAGGAAGGUUAUUUGUUGGGACUGGUAUGGGUUUGGGACCUCCUGUUGCUGCUCUCUAUGUAACUGAGGUUUCACCUGCUUUUGUUAGGGGUACUUAUGGAAGCUUAAUCCAAAUUGCUACAUGCCUUGGGAUCAUGGGGGCUCUUUUAGUUGGAAUCCCUGUCAAAGAUAUUGCUGGCUGGUGGCGCGUUUGUUUUUGGGUAUCUACAAUUCCAGCUACAAUACUUGCUCUUGCCAUGAUUUUCUGUGCGGAAAGUCCUUCUUGGCUGUACAAGCAAGGAAAAGCUGCUGAAGCGGAAGUUGAAUUUGAGAAGCUUUUUGGAGUAGCACAUGUCAAAGUAGCAAUGACAGAGCUGGCCAAGUUAGACAGAGGAGAUGAUAUAGAUUCUGUUAAGAUUUCAGAAUUGUUAUCUGGCCCUCAUUUUAGAGUUGUUUUUAUUGGGUCAACCCUAUUUGCUUUACAACAGCUAUCUGGUAUAAAUGCUGUGUUUUAUUUCUCUUCGACUGUUUUUAAGAAAGCGGGAGUACCAUCAAGUCUUGCAAAUGUCUUCAUAGGGAUUGUGAACUUAACAGGAUCGGUCAUUGCAACAGCAUUGAUGGAUAAGCUAGGAAGGAAAAUUCUCCUUCAAUGGAGCUUCUUCGGCAUGUCAAUGGCAAUGGCAAUUCAAGUCGCCGCAGCAACUUCUUUUGCAUCAGAGACUGGAUCUUUGUACCUUUCUGUUGGUGGUAUGCUCAUGUUCGUAUUCACAUUUGCUCUUGGAGCUGGUCCAGUUCCUGGUCUUCUCCUCUCAGAGAUCUUCCCGAACCGAAUUCGGGCUAAAGCUAUGGCCUUUUGUAUGUCGGUGCACUGGGUGGUAAAUUUCUUUGUUGGACUGCUUUUCUUGCGAUUGCUGGAACAACUUGGGCCGGGACUCUUGUAUUCAAUCUUUGCUACCUUUUGCAUGAUGGCAGUUGUUUUUGUGAAAAGAAACGUGGUGGAAACCAAAGGGAAGUCACUUCAAGAGAUUGAGAUAGCGCUUCUUCCUCAGGAUUAGAGAAAGAAAAAAAAGAAGCUUCAACUGCUGGUGCUGGGGGAUACCUACGUCAUAACUAGUCUUAAACGUUGUCAACUUAGUCUAGUAGAAAAUUAUAUACACUUACCAAUCAUCGGUCGGAAGCAGGAGUUCCUUUCGAUUCGAUGGAACAAACACAUAGUGAGAGUGGUGCAUAUAUUAGAGAUUAGGCAGGAUUACUUUUAUCCAAGGACAAUCUUAGUGACCCUGCACGGAUUUAUGUGGACUAAGUUUGAGCUUUUUUAGCCAGGGUCAUGUCACGUGAGUACUGUGGUUUAAUUUAUCCAAAUCAUUGCUGAAUGGAAAGACAGUUUUAAAGAGCAUUUUAUUGCAGUUACAUACUUUCUUCUAUAAUGAAUUAUGAGUUUAUCAUC